AUGGGUGCAUGCAAAAGAGAACAAGCUAUCCGGGCCAAAGACUUGGCCCUCCAGAAGAUGUCUGCCCGUGACUUCCAAUCUGCCCGAAAACUCGCCGCCCGGGCCCACCUCCUCUGCCCGGACCUCAACGGCCUUACCUCAAUCAUCCUCGUCUGCUCAGUCCACUGCUCGGCCGAUGCUUCGCAGGCGGCAGAGCUCGACUGGUACAAAAUCCUCCUCGUGGGCCCCACGGCCGACGAGCCCACCAUCAGGCGGCAGUACAGACGUAUGGCACUCUGUCUCAGACCGGACAAAAACCCGCUUCCGGGUGCUGACGAGGCAUUCGGGCUCGUCCGCCGGGCCCGGUCCGUUCUGGCGGACAGCGAGGAAAGGAGGGCUUAUGAUAGCCGGAGGAAAAAUUCCGGCUUGUCGGGUUCCGUUUUGCAGGGCAACAGGGCAGAGGAUAAUAGAUUCGGGUUUUCGGGUCUUCGUAAUGAAUACCGGGACAUUAAUAACUUUAGUUCGUCAGGGCCAAAAUAUUCCGGAUUUUCUGAUUUUGGGUGUGGAAAUCCUGUUUUUUCGGAAAAAUGCAAGAAAGACACUGGCUUUACAGCCUUCAAGGAUGCUAACAUCAGUUUCUCCAAGUUUGAGGAGAUGGGUUUCGCGAAAUUCAAAGAUUCGGGCUUGUCCGGAUUCCACAUCCGACCCGACCCGUCUCCAGAUCAGGGAUUCGCGAGACGUAGCAUCACUAAGGCGAAUAAUUUACCGGCAAACGGUAUUAAACCUUUCGGUUUUGCUGCCGUGCAGGGGAAUUUUCUCAAGAAGUUUGGUCCUAAGCCAAAUUCGAAAGUUAAGAAGCUGAAAACGCAAAAUAAGAAGACGACAGCCGUGAAAGAAGGUGAAAAGGGCAGCGGCCAAGUGGAAAAGUUGAAAAAUCUCGAGUACUCGGAUUCGGAACUGAAUGAUUUCGAGAAAGGGAGGGCAAAAAGAAACUUCAACCCGGGACAAAUAUGGGCCGUUUACGAUACCUUAGAUGCCAUGCCAAGAUUCUAUGCUCUGAUCAAUAAAGUUAUCUCGGACGAUUUUAAGGUUGAGGUUAUGUGGCUCGAACCAUGUCCUAACAACGAGGAUGAAAAGAAAUGGCUGCACAACGGCUUGCCAGCUUCUUGCGGUAAAUUCAGGCCCGGUGAAAGCGAGAUAAUAGAAGAUCACGCGGUUUUCUCGCAUUUAGUGAGAUGGAAGAAGGACAUUCGGAAUAUAUAUCACGUGCAUCCUAGAAAGGGCGAGACUUGGGCUAUUUUCAAGAAUUGGAGCUUGGAAUGGCCUUUGAACCCGGGAAAUCACAUUAAGGGGUUCGAGUUCGAUUUUGUGGAGAUUCUGUCCGAAUAUAGAGCCGGGUUUGGUGUAAAAGUUGCGUUUUUGGGGAAGAUUAAGGGUUUCUCGACUCUUUUCUGCCGAAUGAGUGAGAAACGAGUGGUUUCGGUGAAUGAUAGGCUUAGAUUCUCUCAUCGUGUUUCGUCGUUUAAAAUGACGAGCAACACGGGCAUGAAUGGUGAUUCGAGUUCGUUUGAACUUGAUCCGGCUUCGUUGCCGGUAGGGUUUGGUUUUUCGGAAAUUUCGAACAUCAGCGGGAUUUUCAUGUGA